AUGGGUUGCAGUGCAUCAAAGCCUAAUGACCCAGGUCAUUUACCAAGAGCCCUUAAAGCUCAGCCAAAAGUAAAGAAGCCUGAAGAAGCUAAGGCUGAAAAAAAGCCAGCUCAAGUUGCAUCAGUCGAAAAUGCUAAAGAAGAAACAAAAGAAAAGAAGGAAGAAAAGGCCGAAGAAGUAAAGAAGGAAGAAAAGAAGGAAGAGAAGAAGGAGAAGAAAGAUAAGGAAGAAUCUUCUUCAUCCUCAUCUUCUUCAUCUUCAUCAUCUAAGAAGAAAGGAAAGAAGGACGAAUCUACAAAGGCAGCUGAAGAUGAUGCUGCAAAGAAGGCAGCUGAAGAUGAUGCUGCAAAGAAGGCCGCUGAAGAAGCAGCAAAGAAGGCCGCUGAAGAAGCAGCAAAGAAGGCCGCUGAAGAAGCAGCGAAGAAGGCUGCUGAAGAGGAAGCCGCUCGCAAGGCCGCCGAAGAAGAGGCCGCACGUAAGGCUGCUGAGGAAGAAGCUGCCAGAAAGGCUGCUGAAGAGGAAGCUGCCAGAAAGGCUGCUGAAGAAGAGGCCGCUCGCAAGGCUGCCGAAGAAGAAGCUGCCAGAAAGGCCGCUGAAGAAGAGGCCGCUCGCAAGGCUGCCGAAGAAGAAGCUGCACGUAAGGCUGCUGAAGAGGAAGCCGCCAGAAAGGCUGCUGAGGAAGAAGCUGCCAGAAAGGCUGCUGAAGAGGAAGCCGCACGUAAGGCUGCUGAAGAAGAGGCCGCACGUAAGGCUGCUGAAGAGGAAGCUGCCAGAAAGGCUGCUGAAGAAGAGGCCGCUCGCAAGGCUGCUGAAGAAGAGGCCGCACGUAAGGCUGCUGAAGAGGAAGCCGCCAGAAAGGCUGCUGAAGAAGAGGCCGCACGUAAGGCUGCUGAGGAAGAAGCUGCCAGAAAGGCUGCUGAAGAGGAAGCUGCCAGAAAGGCUGCUGAAGAGGAAGCUGCCAGAAAGGCUGCUGAAGAAGAAGCUGCCAGAAAGGCCGCUGAAGAAGAGGCCGCUCGCAAGGCUGCCGAAGAAGAAGCUGCACGUAAGGCUGCUGAAGAGGAAGCCGCCAGAAAGGCUGCUGAGGAAGAAGCUGCCAGAAAGGCUGCUGAAGAGGAAGCCGCACGUAAGGCUGCUGAAGAAGAGGCCGCACGUAAGGCUGCUGAAGAAGAAGCCGCCAGAAAGGCUGCUGAAGAAGAGGCCGCACGUAAGGCUGCUGAAGAGGAAGCUGCCAGAAAGGCUGCUGAAGAAGAGGCCGCCAGAAAGGCUGCUGAAGAAGAGGCCGCACGUAAGGCUGCUGAAGAGGAAGCCGCCAGAAAGGCUGCUGAAGAAGAGGCCGCACGUAAGGCUGCUGAAGAGGAAGCUGCCAGAAAGGCUGCUGAAGAAGAGGCCGCCAGAAAGGCUGCUGAAGAGGAAGCCGCACGUAAGGCUGCUGAAGAGGAAGCCGCCAGAAAGGCUGCUGAAGAAGAGGCCGCACGUAAGGCUGCUGAGGAAGAAGCUGCCAGAAAGGCCGCUGAAGAAGAGGCCGCUCGCAAGGCCGCCGAAGAGGAAGCUGCCAGAAAGGCCGCUGAAGAAGAGGCCGCACGUAAGGCUGCCGAAGAAGAAGCUGCACGUAAGGCUGCUGAAGAGGAAGCCGCCAGAAAGGCUGCUGAGGAAGAAGCUGCCAGAAAGGCUGCUGAAGAGGAAGCCGCACGUAAGGCUGCUGAAGAAGAGGCCGCACGUAAGGCUGCUGAAGAAGAAGCCGCCAGAAAGGCUGCUGAAGAAGAGGCCGCACGUAAGGCUGCUGAAGAGGAAGCUGCCAGAAAGGCUGCUGAAGAAGAAGCUGCCAGAAAGGCUGCCGAAGAAGCUGCCAGAAAGGCUGCUGAAGAAGAGGCCACUCGCAAGGCUGCCGAAGAAGAAGCUGCCAGAAAGGCCGCUGAAGAAGAGGCCGCACGUAAGGCUGCCGAAGAAGAAGCUGCCAGAAAGGCUGCCGAAGAAGCUGCCAGAAAGGCUGCCGAAGAAGCUGCCAGAAAGGCUGCUGAAGAAGAGGCCGCUCGCAAGGCUGCCGAAGAAGAAGCUGCCAGAAAGGCCGCUGAAGAAGAGGCCGCACGUAAGGCUGCUGAAGAGGAAGCCGCCAGAAAGGCUGCUGAGGAAGAAGCUGCCAGAAAGGCCGCCGAAGAAGAGGCCGCACGUAAGGCUGCUGAAGAGGAAGCCGCCAGAAAGGCCGCUGAAGAAGAAGCAGCUAAGAAGGCCGCCGAAGAAGAGGCAGCGAAGAAGGCUGCUGAAGAGGAGGCUACAAAGAAGGCUGAAGAAGAAAAGAAGGAUGAUGACAAGGACGAAGACUCUAGCUCAUCCUCUUCUUCAUCCUCAUCUUCUAAGAAGGAUAAGAAGGACGACGAAAAGAAGGAAGAGGAAAAGAAGGAGGAAGAGAAGAAGGAAGAAACUCCAGCUGAAAACUAA